AUGAAUUUGUCGCUGGUUGAUCCCUUUGUCCUCGCUCAGGACUACCCGGAUACCUUGACGGAGAAACUGAGGAGCGGACAUGCGACAUGUUUGCGCUUCAAUCGCAAAGGCGAUUACCUUGCUUCCGGCCGAGUGGACGGCACCGUGGUGAUCUUUGAUAUAGAAACAAAUGGAGUUGCGCGGAAGUUACGGGGGCAUACGAGACAGAUUCAAUCUCUCAGCUGGUCUAGAGAUGGUCGGUAUCUCCUCAGCUCCUCGCAAGAUUGGAAAUGUAUUCUGUGGGACUUGAAAGAUGGUUCCCGAGUGCGCACCGUUCGAUUCGAGGCCCCUGUGUAUAUUGCGGAACUACAUCCUUUCAAUCAUUUACUAUUCGUCGCUUCACUUUUCGAAGACCAACCCGUCCUCGUUGACGUCUCAUCUCCCAAAUCGAUCAAACGCAUCCUCCCCUCCGCUCCAUUCCGUCCUCCACCCUCCGCGUCUGAAGAAGUCGAUCCGGCCGUCGCUGCAAAACAAGCCGCGCAGGAUGCGAAACACUCAACAUGCGUGACGAUUUUUUCGGCGUUUGGAAAUCACAUCAUCGCCGGGACAUCCAAAGGCUGGAUCAACAUCAUUGAGACCCAGAGUUGCACCACCAUCCAUUCCACCCGGCUCUGCAAUGGUGUGGUCAUCUUGCUGCGGCUCGCAAGCAACGGCCGCGAUCUACUAAUCAACAGCUCCGACCGCGUAAUCCGCACCAUCAUCAUGCCCGAUCUCUCGCAGCUGGGGAGCGAGCUCGAGCCCGCCAACAUCAAAUUACAGGUGGAACACAAAUUCCAAGACGUGGUGAACCGCCUCAGCUGGAAUCACGUUACCUUCUCCUCCACGGGCGAAUUCGUCACCGCCUCCACCUUCAUGAACCCAGACAUCUACGUCUGGGAACGAAGCCACGGCUCCCUCGUGAAGAUCCUCGAGGGACCGCGCGAGGAGCUCGGCGUCGUGGAAUGGCACCCGUCACGGCCGAUGGUGGUCGCCUGCGGUCUCGAGUCCGGCUGCAUCUACACCUGGUCCAUCGUCACGCCGCAAAAAUGGUCGGCGCUCGCGCCGGACUUCGGCGAAGUCGAGGAGAACGUCGAGUACAUGGAGCGCGAAGACGAAUUCGACAUUCACCCGGCGGAGGAGAUCCACCAGCGCCGCCUCGACCAGGAAGACGAGGUCCCCGACGUGCUCACCAUUGAACCGCUCAAGAGCGGCGCAGACGGCGAGACGGAGGCCUUCCGCAUGCCUGUGCUGUUGGAUAUCUCGGACAGCGAAAGCGAAGAAGACAUCGUGGCCGUGGGCCCGGGAACCAUGCGUCGUCGAAGCCCCGGCGCAGGUCGCGAGUGGAUGAAUCCCGACGGCGACGGCGAGAAGGAGACUGCGACUGGGAAAACAGGCACGGGCCGCGGCCAGCGGGGACGGCGCAAGUAA